GGUUAUUUACUGCAGAGCUGUCUGCAUGAACACCAGAGAAGAACCAGAUUCAAACCUGCAGGCUCAUUUCAUGUCUGUGUACAGAGGUGCUGUGUGGACCACAUUUGAACUAUUGCUUCUUUCUUCAUGGACAAUUUUAAACAGAUGAUCAUUUAUUAAGAAUAAUCAUAUAUUUCUUACAGCAGUGUGUGAUAAACUAGAUAUCUGUGUUUAAUAUAAAGUGCUGCGUGUCCAUCAAACAGUGAAGAGCUGCUGGAUUCAUUGUUUCCUCCAAAUGAAAGAAAAGUCAUUUUCCUGUGACAGAGCGACGAUGCAGUGGAGUCUGUUUCUGCUUCUUCUGAUGGGUCAGUGUGUCUUCAUCACAUGUCAGCUGUAUGAGUACCACUUUAUUAAAGAACAGAUGAGCUGGGAUGCAGCACGGGCAUACUGCAGAGAGAACUACACAGACCUGGCCAAAGUGUUUGACCUGACAGACAUGAGAAGACUUCAAGACUCUGCACAGAGUCAAACAGAAGCCUGGAUUGGACUGUACAACAUCACAGGAGGAGACAACAGGAGGUGGCACUGGUCUCUGCCGGGGGAGGAAUACACUGAAAAUAACACCUGUUGGAAAGAUGGACAGCCAAAUGAUCAUGGUGGCACCCCUGAGAACUGUGUGAUGACAGGAGACAAGUGGGAAGAUUAUCCAUGCAGUGACAAAUUUAAGUUCAUUUGCUAUAACGAAACGAUGAAAAACAAUAAAACCUUUCAUUUGAAUGAGACGUUUGUGAACUGGACUCAGGCUCAGAACUACUGCAGACAGCAUCACACCGACCUGGCCAGUGGACUCGAUCAGAUAUACAGUGAAGAGUUUAAGGAGCUGCAGAAGUCUACAGCUUUGUGGAUCGGCCUGUUCAGAGACAGCUGGAGGUGGUCAGAUGGGAGUAACUUCUCUUUCAGAUACUGGGACAUGGACUCAUUUAAUGAUGGACUAAACAACAGGACAUGUGCUACGACUCUGUUAGAGAGAUCAGUAAGAUGGAGCUCUGCUGGAUGUGACCAAAGAAAGCCUUUCUUCUGCUAUGAUGAUAACAUGAUCCUGAUCCAAGCAAACAAAACCUGGGAAGAAGCCCUUUAUUACUGCAGAGAGAAACACCAUGACCUGGUUUCCAUCACCAACCGUGAGGAGCAGGCGUGGCUCCAGGAAAAGGCCAAAAACGCCUCCACUCCUUUUGUCUGGCUGGGGCUGCGCUACACCUGCACUCUGGGCUUCUGGUUCUGGGUCACUGAUGAUGUCAUUGAAUAUAGUAACUGGGACUCUAACACCACAGAUGAUGUCUGUGGCGUGUCUGGAGCCAUGGACACAGCAGGAGAGCAGAAGUGGGUCAGUAAGCCUGAUAAUAAUAAGUUUAAUUUCUUCUGUUCUAAACAUUAAAAUCACUGUAAACAGCACCAACAGCUUCUUAUCUCCUCAGCUGGUUUUUGGUUGUGUUUUGUGAAGGGAUUCUUUAGAGGGAUUGUGAGAGAUGUAGUUUCUCACAGUGAUGUUUUAGGUUUUAUCUAGCGCACUUUUUAUUUUCCUACAUCAACAAAAACUUAAUUUUGUUAUUGAAAAAGAAUCUAUUCACACAGAAACUAUACAAUGUGUAGGUUUUAUUAUAUUGAUGUUGUGGUUAAAAUCUGGUGAUGGUUUUAUAUAAAUUAAUAAUACAAAAAGGUUAUGAAGUGUUAAUUGAAUUCACUGUUGAUGAAUAAACUGUUAAACCACAGUUGUUGUUUUUAAUAAUCAAAUUACAUCAUGAAACAAAGUGUUAAAGUACUUUGAGUGAUC